CUCCGCAAGACAACCAAACCACUCACUACCAAUCCAUUCAUUCCACCCCCCUCUUAUCUCACCACCUUCCUUAUCUUCCUAGCCACCACAAUCGAAGAAUUAUUAUAAUAAUUGAAAAUGAAAACAAGAAUAACCUACCUCCAACCCCCCUCCUCGCCAUUCACCUCCACCCAAGCGACCCUCACCCCGUCAUCACUCAAGAUCAGCGAUCUAGAUGCUGCAAAGGAGGUCCGCGUUACGAUCGAUCUGAGUGAGGUGGAUGAUGAUGAGGUUCGGAGUAUCUUGACCAAUCUGCACGAAGUACAUAUCCGCUGGGCAAGGGAACAACCAUAUGGGAUUGUUUCGCCGUUCGGGAGUAGGGUUUCGGCGGGGUUGGGGGUGGGUGUUAGUCCUCUUCAGGGUGGGGAUGAUGGGGAUGGGGAAGGCGUAUGUCGUCUCCUACGGAGGAUGUUUGGCACGGGGAUUGAGUGUGCUAAUUACACGGAUUCAUUCACCAGCCCUCCCGUCGUCUCUACGCGAUUCGCGUCCACGUCCACGUAUCAGUUCCACUCUUCCCUGCCGGAACAUAAUCUUGGGGAGUAUAUAGUGAAGAAUAUCUGUCGCGAGGAGGGUGCUGCGUGCGCUGCGGAAUGGGGUGCCGCUGAUAGCAUCGACGUUGAUUAUGAUGCUGUGUCGCGGGCGCUAGUGGUCUCCGGGUACUGGGGCCAGCCUGUUACUCCGGAGGGAUGGACCGAGGAGAUUCGUGCGCCGGGGAGGGAUCGUGAUCGCGUGGAGGUCGGGUUGUUGGGGACGGAGAAGGCGGUCGAGGCGGAGGAUAUCAAGGUUGGUGGGUUGUUGGGUGUUGUGGGUGUUGAUAAGGAGUUGAAACCAACGCUAUUCUCCUUCCCCUCCAGACACCAUGUCCUCCCUCGCGAGGCGACUUUCGACGUCUCCUUCCCCCGUCCGACGGGCACGCAUCCAACCAUGACCAUUUCCCUGUCCCCGGCUGCGCUGGAGUACCCCGCUGCGCCGGAGGACACGACCUGUGCGCUGCAUGCGUAUCUGACGCUGCCGUCGUAUAUCUUCGGGGACAAGUACCAGCUGAGCACGGAUGAUCCGCUGUUCCUGGAGUCGCAUCAUCUGGUGGCGUUGCGGGCAGUGAGCGGGGCAACGGACCUGGAGGCGCCGGAUUGGUUUGUCCCGCACUGGGGCUCGAAUUGGCUGCUCGAGCUGGCGACGCCGUCUGCUGGCCAGGUGCCAGAGGAGUGGAACGUCACGGUGCCGCUGCAUCUGCGGUACCUGCGGCCGUCGGAGAGUGGGUACCGCUCCGCGGGGGUGCCGUGGCCGGUGGUCUUCUGGGCUUGCACGGCGGAAGAGGGCACGAAGAUGGGCACGAACCCGUUCGAUCGCGUGAACCUCGGCUGGGAUGGGAUGUUUGGCCCACGGACGAUGUUCUACCAGGUGCAUCCUAGUGGAGAGAAGACCCGACAUGUCGAAGACUUGAAUGUCCCGGUGCUCCGGUUAGAGGAGCGCGGAUUCUUCAGUAGCAAGACGGUGGAGCUGGGCACGAUGGCAGCGAUCGUCCUGGGAUUGCUGUGGGUACUGUGGAAGCUGGGUAGUGUUGCGCGGUCUUCCGGACAGAAGAAGAGCGACAAGGAGAAGAAGUCGCAGUAACCCACCUCUCCAGCUCCAAAGAAUGUGUUUAGCGUCGAACCUCCACAUUAUACAUCAGUGUACAUAAACCGCUCCAUAUCGAAACUGCCCAAACUAGGAAUAUCAAUCAGCAGAUCACUCAACCACGAGAACCCUGGAUAAUC